GCGUCAUCAACGAGCUGCGCUUCCGUCCGGCUCGCGGUGAGACAACGAAAAGCCGCCAGGCGGCGCGAAGCCAGCGCGGUCACGUGGGAUCGGCCGCUGCCACGGCAACCGCAAACCGACGGUCCCGCCCGAACGAUCACCGCCGUCACCGGGACCGACCAGAGGACAUGUCGGACGUCGGGUCCGAGGAGUUUGACGAUGCGCGCAGUAAACUCGGGGAGUACGCCGGGGGGCGGAAUGAAGCGGGGGAGAGGCACGGGGCCGGCCGGGCUGCGCUCCCCAACGGGGACGUCUACCACGGAGGGUACGCGGGCGGCUCGAGGCACGGACAGGGGACAUAUCGCUUCAAGAACGGGGCAAGAUAUGUGGGGGACUAUCACCAGAACAAGAAACAUGGACAGGGCGCCUUCUACUACCCAGAUGGCUCUAAAUAUGAAGGUACAAGACCCUCUUUGUCAGUCGUGUGUGAGGAGGCAACAUCCGUGUCCCAGUGGAGACUUUAGAGACCCCGAGCCUCAGAAACAAACCCCCGGUUGUCUGUUAGGCUCCUGGGUUGAGGACCUGAGACGGGGCCAUGGCGUCUACACUUACCCCAACGGAGACACGUACGAUGGAGAGUGGCUCCAUCAUGUCAGGCAUGGACCGGGCACUUACCAUUACAGUGACACCGGCGCCGUGUACCGGGGCUGCUGGGUGAAUGACCAGAUGGAGUCAGCUGGAGGAUACGUCUACUCCAACCACCGGUACGAGGGCAACUUUGUCAACAAUGCCCCUGGCGGCCCGGGGAAGUACGUGUUCGACACUGGGUGUGAGCAGCAUGGUGAAUACCGUCAGGCAGAGCAGGGGCGAGCAGAGGAGGAGGUGGGCGCGUUGGCGUCCCCCGCAGCCCUCAGGUGGAUUCCCGCGCGCGUCACGGGGCCGACGCCGCGGCCCCCAGGUGCGGAAAAGCAAAGCAAUUCAUCUGAGGGAGCGGAGAGCCGACCUGUGAGAUGAAUCUAUCAACCUGUGAAACAGCAUUAAACAUCUUCCCUUGCCAAUGAG